AUGUUUCCGUCACGGAGGCCGACAUCUUCAUUCGUCGUCCAUGUCCGCCGAUCUAGCCACGCCAUCAUCUAUGUCCGCCGCUUUAGUAUCAAUAUGGAGUGGCGGUCGCGGCCGACCGGAGUCCAAAGCUUGCCGGCGAGCCCGACUGGAACAGACGCACGGCGAUGGUCGCGAUUGACCGGAUUCCAGAACCCCUCACGGCGGCAGCGGAGAGCCACUCACAGCAUCGUCACACCCGCGGUCGAUCGGAUGGAACAUCUCGUCGGCGAUCCCGACAUGAGCGGCCGGCCAUGGCAAUCUCCUACGGCAAAGGAUUUUGGGGGUUGCUAA